AUGGAGAGCCAACUGGAGAAGGAUAUUAUAAGCAUAUUUACACAGAGUGUGUCCUCAAGUUUUGAAGAUGUAAAAUAUAGUGAGGAGAAGAUAAAUAACUUAUAUAAUGAUAGUAAUAAAGAAGAAUAUAUAAAAAUAUUGUUAAAAUUAAUUAUGUAUCCAUAUAAUGAAAAAAACGAGAAUAAGAAUGUUUAUGAUAGUAGUUUAAAUAGGAAUGUUAAGGUGAGUAUGUUGAUUAGUAUAAAGAAUUUUAUAAAGAAGAGUGUACAUAGUAAUUUAGAAAAUAUGGAACUAAGUACUGAUAUGUGUAUAUUUAUAAAACAUAUUUGUUUACAUGUAUUAUUAGAUAUAAAUAAUGAAGAUAUUAAAAGCUUGCAGAAAUAUUUUUUCGAGAUUUUAGUGAAUUUAUUGAAAUUUAAUAUUUGUGAUGAUUAUGAUUAUUUACUUUUUUAUAUUAUCAUAUUAUAUAUUAAUGAUUAUAAUUAUAUAGAUUUAGUACAUAUAUUUAAUAAUGAAGAAAAAAAAAAAAAUCAAGAUACUUUCAAAAUUAUAGAAUGUAUUAUGUUAUAUAUACAAAAUAAGGAAAUCUUACAAAAUAUAAAUCAACAUAAUUUUUUCAUAGAAUAUAAUAAAAUUCUACAAAAUCUAGAAACUAUAAAAAAUAUUAUAAUUAAUAGAAACAAUUCGUUGAAUGAUGAUAUAAUUAAUUAUAUUAAUAAUACAAAAAGGAUAUAUAAAUCAGGGGAUAAAUAUAAUUUGUUUAUGUUGAAUGAUGCUCUUCUAUAUAAUAUAUCUCCUGAGGGUCUACCCACCCUAAAUAAUAAUAAUAAUAAUAAUAAUAAUAAUAACCAUAUUAGUGGUAAUAUGAACACUAAUCAAAUUAAUAAUGGUAAUUAUUAUGAGAACUUAUCAGGAUUAACAACAACCAACUUUGAUUUUAGAGGGAAGGGAAGCAUAAGCAAAGACUAUAAUAAUAAUAUAAAAUCUAUUGAUACCAACACAUUAUUUCAUAAUAAUAUUAUGAAUAUUUUUUCAAAUAUGAAUUGUAAUCAUUUUAAAAAAAAGUAUGUAGCUUUAAAAAUUAUAAGGAAAAUUAUAAAGAAAUAUAAAAAUAAUGAUUAUGUAUCUAAAUAUGACCUUAAAAUUAUAUUAACACACAUCGAAUAUCCUGUAACAUUAUAUUUUAUCUAUUUAUAUAACAAAUUAAAUGAAUAUACAAAUUAUAUUAAUUUAAAAUUAAAUACCUCAACAAACAAUUUUAAUACAUCUAAUAAUGAUAUGAUAAAUGAAGAAUUAAAUAUUUGUUUUUAUAAUAUGAAUAAUAUAUUAAUGAAUAUGCAUGUAUUCUUAAAAAUCUUUUACAAUAUUAAUAUGAUAGAUUUACCGGAGUAUUAUGAGGAUAACUUUGAUAUAUUCUUUAAUAUUUUCUACACCUUCUUGUUAUAUGAUGAAGACAUUUUAAAUAAUUAUUACAACCAUUUGCAUCUUAUUAAAACAGUAUUAAAAGGAAGUGCCGUCACACCGUCUGGGGCUCAUAAUAACAUGAAUAGAAGCACGUCUAUAAUAAGCAGCAGCAACAAUAAUAAUAACAACAACAAUAAUAACAACAACAACAAUAAUAACAACAACAGCAACAAUAAUAAUAACAACAAUAAUAAUAAUAAUUAUAUGAAGAAUGCGCUUGGUAAUGCGAAUGUUUCUUUGAAUGAUUUAUUAAAGUGUAAAGAACACUUUAGUGAGAAUUUAAUAAAAUGCAAAAUUAUGAUAAUAGAUGUUAUAAAAAUAUUAUCGGAGAAUUAUCAAGACGAAUCAAAAAUAUAUGUAAUUAAACUCAUAUGUUCUCUUAUUCAAAUAUUAUAUAAGGAAAAGGAUAAGAUAUUAUUAUGUCAUAAUUAUAAUUGUUUAUCAUCAAGUAUUAAAUUAAUACAUCAUAUGAAUUUAGAAAAAAAUGAUUUAAAUCCUUAUAAAGAUAAAGAAUUUGUUGAAAAAGUAAUCGAACGUGUAUUAAAUCAUAUACGUUUAAAAAAUAUAGAUAUUGAUGAAAUUAUAGAAGCAGACUUAGAAUAUUUUAGACAUGAUUUAAAUAAUGUAAAUUCUUUUUCUAUACGUUCAACAUCUAUAUACUUUUUAAAAACUUUAUGUAAUAAUUAUUUUCAUUUGUGUUUUCCGAUUCUUGAAUAUAAAAUAUUAACAAAAGACACUUUAUUAACCUUAUCAUCUGAUGGAAUGGAUGUAGCAAAUAAAUCAUCAGGAAGUUUAUUAAACAUGUCGAAUAUUAAUAAUGGUGUUUCGAUUAAUAAAAAUGAUCCAUGUUAUGAAGCAUGUAAUGUUGAAUAUAAGGUGCAAUUAAUAGCUUGUUUAAAUCAUUCCAACUUAACACAAAAUUUUUAUGAACAUAUGCUUAAGGAUCUUAUGAACCAAUUUCUUAUGACAAUAAAAAUGAAAUAUAAUAAUAUGGAUGUAUUGUGUUACACUAUGGAAAAUUAUAAUUUUGAGAAUCCUCAAAUGAAUACAAGCAAUAAUAAUAAUAAUAUGAUCAACAUGAAUAGCAACAUGCAUAACAACAUGAAUAGCAACAUGCAUAACAACAUGAAUAACAACAUGAAUAACAACAUGCAUAACAACAUGAAUAGUAAUAAGUGUGUGUGGUUAAGAGAUGAUGAUAUGUUUAAUACUCCAAAUUGUAUUUAUUUACUAUCCAUAUUAAAAUAUUUAUUAAAUAACAGAAACAUUUGUACGACAAAUAAUGCUUUAGAUAUUUUCCUAUUCCUACAUUUCUUAUUAUAUAAUGAAAAAAUUAUGAUACAUAAUUAUGCUUGCUUAUGUAUAAAUAGAAUAUUAAAUCAAACGUUAAAUGAAAAUAUUUAUAAAAUACUUUUGGAAAGUAAUAUGGUACAACGUAUAUUAAACAGAUUAUUAUUUUUAUUAAAAUAUAAUGUACAUAAUAAAAUAUUAAAUGAAUAUAUAUUAAUUACUAUAUUAAGAAUAUUUCUUAUUUUUACAUAUAAGAUAUCAGAUUUUUAUGUUAUGGUAUUAUUAAUUAUAGAUAAUAUUAUUAAACUAAUAAUUAAUGAUUCUCAUAAUCCAUUAUUUAAUCAUUAUUUAUUUGAAUUAUUAACAAUUAUUAUAUCCUUAAUAUAUAAAUCGCAAGUACAACAGCAUAUACAACAAAUUGAAGAUGUUAUUAUUACAACAUUCUCACAAAUUCUACAAGUUUAUAUACAUGAUUUUAUCCCUUAUGUAUUCCAAAUAUUAUCCAUUAUAGUAGAUAAUACUUUUACUAUACAAAAAAUACAUAUCAAAAUAUUAAAUCAUUUAUAUGAAAUGGACUUAUGGAAAAGUACCAUUGGAAAUGUUAAUGGUAUUAUAUGUGUACUAAAAAGUUAUUUUAAAAAAUAUAAUAUUUUUAAUGAUAUUAUUAAAACCAACAUGCAACAAUUAUUUAAUAUUUAUCAUUAUUGUUUAUCUAAUAAAAAAUUAUACACAGACUCUUUCCAAAUUAUUCUUAGUAUAUUUACAUACUUACCUUUAGAUUCUUAUGAAUCUUUCCUAAAACCAUUAUUCGUCUUACUAUUCACUUUCUUACAACAUUAUAAAAAUGAUAUAAUCAAAAUUAAGGUCGUUCAUUCCUUAUCCGUCUUUAUAUUGAAGACUAAUGUUGCUGUCUUUAUAACAACUCUCGACACCAUACAAGAUGGCCUAAUUUUCAAUGUCCUCAAGAGCCUGUACCUACCCAUUCUGGACAAACUAAUAAACGUGAACGAGAAAAUUAUCAUAUUCCUAGCAUUAACCAAACUACUAAACCACGACAAAAUAAGAAAUGAGCCCUUUGUUGUAGACAUAUUAAAUUCUCUAAACAAAAAUAUAACCAGUAAUGAAUUAGUCUUAAAAAAAAGUAAGGUACAACAUUUAGAUGUUGAGAAAGAUGAAAUGGACCAAAAUUUUGAGGUUACAUAUGUGAAGCUACAAAUGAUAAAUAACGAUAAUGUUAACGAGAUGGUACUAAAAAAUAUAAAUAUUAAUGAUGAACUUAAACAAAAUUUAUAUAACCAACACUUCAUGCAGAUAUGUCAUAAUAAUGCUUUUAACACAAUUCUUCAACUAUUUAAUAAUUAG